UAAUAGUGAUGAAAGUGAAUCGGAUUCGAGUGAUGUUCUGAAAACUUUGGAAAUAAAUGCUUAUGAUACUGUUAACACUUUAUAUAAUAAAAAUGAAAUUGAAGAGAAUGAUCGGGAAAAAAGAGAACCAGGUAUUUAUUAUUUCAUUGUACCAGUAAAUGGAGAAGAAUCUGAAACACUCCAAAUUUCCAUUUCUACAUCAUAUCCAAUAUCUAACUUGUCAGAAAUUAGUCAGGCAACUGAUCAACAAAUUUUAAGAAAAAAUCCUAUAAUUAUUGAAAAACUUGUUAAGAGUUGUGAUGAGUAUACUAUUGAUUUAGCAAUUCUAACAAAACUUGGAGUGAUAAAGUUAUUACCAGUUCGAGAAUUAUUGACUUGUUAG